GCCGAAGCAACAAACAAACAUCAAGCAGAGACGGACAGCAACACAGAUCAAGCGCUAUCUAUGCAGAUCGCUAGCUACAUGAGUUAACUUUGAAAAAUGAAAAUCAAAACUGUCGUUUAAUAUACACUGCAGUUCCACCCUAAUGAAGGAGCUCCGUCCUGGCUGAUUUUGGGAGAUGGGAGUACUCAACAUUACAGACCAGCCUCCACUGGUCCAAGCGGUUUUCAAUCGGAAUGCCGAUGAAAUUCAACAACUAUUGCACAACAAGAAAGAGGAUGUCAAUGCACUGGACCAAGAGCGCCGCACGCCGCUACAUGCUGCUGCCUGUUUGGGAGAUGUUCAUAUCAUGGACUUCCUCAUCAAUGCAGGUGCAAAUGUAAAUGCUAAGGACCAUGUGUGGUUAACUCCAUUGCACAGGGCAGCUGCCUCCCGGAAUGAAAGGGCAGUGGGACUACUUCUGCGGCAGGGAGCCGAGGCCAAUGCACGGGACAAGUUCUGGCAGACACCACUGCAUGUUGCAGCUGCCAAUAGAGCCACACGCUGUGCAGAGGCCCUGCUCCCCCAGCUGAGCAACCUGAACAUGGCAGACCGCACUGGCAGAACCGCUUUGCACCAUGCUGCUCAGAGCGGAUACAUGGAGAUGGUGAAGUUGCUGCUGAAUAAAGGAGCCAACUUGAGUGCCAAUGAUAAGAGAGAGAGACAGCCUAUCCACUGGGCAGCGUACUUGGGGCAUCUGGAGGUGGUGAAGCUGCUAGUGUCUCGGAGUGCAGACAAAGGCUGUCAGGACAAGCAGGGUUACACCCCUCUCCACGCUGCAGCUGCCAGCGGACACAUUGACAUCGUCAAGUACCUUCUGAGGCUCGGGGCAGAGCUGGAUGAGCCCAAUGCCUUUGGGAACACUGCACUGCAUGUGGCCUGCUACACAGGCCAGGAGGCUGUGGCCAACGAACUGGUGAACCACGGAGCUAACGUCAACCAGCCCAACAGGAGUGGCUACACCCCACUGCACCUGGCUGCUGUAUCCACCAACGGGGCCCUCUGCCUGGAGCUGCUGGUCAACAACGGGGCUGACGUCAACCAGCAGAGUAAAGAAGGGAAGAGCCCUCUGCACAUGGCAGCUAUACACGGACGCUUCACCCGCUCUCAGAUCCUCAUCCAAAAUGGCGGAGAGAUUGACAGUGUGGAUAAAUAUGGCAAUACCCCCCUCCAUGUUGCUGCUAAGUACGGCCAUGAGCUGCUGAUCAGCACUCUGAUGACCAACGGUGCAGAUACAGCCAGACAAGGGAUUCAUGGGAUGUUCCCUCUGCACCUGGCUGUGCUCUAUGGGUUUUCAGACUGUUGUCGCAAGCUACUCUCCUCAGGUCAGCUGUACAGUAUUGUUUCUUCUAUGAGUAAGGAGCACGUUCUAUCAGCCGGGUUUGACAUCAACAUCCCAGACAACUUUGGGAGGACGUGUCUACACGCUGCUGCCUCUGGAGGAAACGUUGAAUGUCUGAACAUGCUCUUAAGCAGUGGUACCGACUUGAAUCAGAGGGACAAGUCGGGAAGGACUCCUUUGCAUUAUGCAGCUGCUAAUGGGAGGUACCAGUGCACCGUGACCCUAGUGAGCGCUGGCGCUGAGGUCAACGAGCCUGACCGUACAGGCUGUACUCCCCUGCACUACUCCGCUGCCUCCCAGGCCUUCUGCAGAAUGGACCGACAUUUCCCCGGGACUCUUCAGAGGGAGGAGGAUGGAGCAAAGGAGUCCUAUUUUUGUUUGGAGCAUCUGUUGGACAACGGUGCCGACCCGUCCCUGGUCAACUCUAAAGGUUACAGUGCUGUUCACUAUGCUGCUUCCCACGGCAACAAGCAGAACCUGGAGCUGCUCCUGGAAAUGUCGUUUAACGCAUUGGGAGACAUUGAGAGCAGUAUUCCAGUGAGUCCAUUGCAUUUAGCUGCUGAUAAUGGCCACUGGCAGGCACUGCGUGUGCUGACUGAGACUGCUGCGUACGUGGAUGUGCAGGAUGCCUCGGGCCGCUCUGUGCUCUACCUGGCCUCCCAGAGAGGUUACGCCCGCUGUGUCGAGGUCCUGCUAGCCCAGGGGGCCUCCUGCCUCCUCAACGAGAACAGACACAUGUGGACCCCUCUACAUGUCGCAGCUGCCAAUGGCCACACUGAAUGUCUGCACAUGCUGGUGGACAGCGGGGAGGAGGCAGACCUUACCAACAUCACAGACACGCAGGAACAGACUCCUCUGAUGCUGGCCGUCCUGGGUGGCCAUACAGACUGUGUCCACCUGCUGUUGGAGAAGGGGGCCUGGCCUGACACCAAAGACAAGAGGGGCAGCACUGCCCUGCACAGAGGGGCUGCGUUGGGCCGUGACGAAUGUGUCACAGCCAUGCUGGACCACAAGGCCUCUGCACUGUGUCGGGAUGGCCAGGGUCGUACCCCACUGCACUACGCUGCCUCCCGCGGCCACACUGACAUCCUCGCCAGUCUGCUGCGUGCGGCCACACGCUCCGACCCUCUUGACUCCCUAUUGGACCAUGAAGAGUACACGCCAUCACACUGGGCUGCUUACCAAGGGCAAGAAGACUGUUUGGAGGUUUUACUUGAACACAAAACUUGUAGUAUCCAGGAGGGAAACUCCUUUACCCCAUUGCACUGUGCUCUAAUGAAUGGCCAUAGUGGAGCUGCAGAGAUGCUGUUGGAAUCUGCUGGCGUACAGAUGGUUAACACCAGGGAUACUAAAGAAAGGACCCCUCUUCAUGCCGCAGCAUGUGCUGAGGAUGUGGCGGGGCUGCAGCUGGUCCUACGCCACGGAGCUGAGAUCAAUGCCGUGGACCACACCGGACGCUCUGCUCUCAUGGUCGCCGCCGACAACGGACAGAGUGGCACCGUGGCCAUCCUUUUGCACCGAGCCAAGGCUGACCUGACACUGCUGGACGACAAUGGAAACACUGCCCUGCAUCUGGCCUGCAGCAAAGCUCAUGAGAUGUGUGCCCUGCUGAUUCUGGGGGAGAUCCAUAACCCUACCCUCAUCAAUGCAACCAACACUGCACUGCAGAUGCCGCUGCAUCUAGCAGCACGCAAUGGUCUGGCCACAGUUGUCCAGGCACUGCUGAGUCGAGGAGCCACAGUGCUGGCAGUGGAUGAGGAGGGACACACUCCAGCCCUGGCCUGCGCCCCCAACAAGGACGUAGCUGACUGCCUGGCUCUGAUCCUCUCCACCAUGAAACCUUUCCCUCCUCUGGACCCUUCCUCCUGCCCCUGCUCCUCUUCCUCCGUCUCCCCCAGUCUCAACCUACUGAAGCAUUGCGGCAUCACUGCUGCCUGCACGCCGCUGCCCAAUGGAGGCCUCCACCAUCACAACGGCUAUGUCAAAGACCGCCAUGCCGCUGUCAGCCUGGACGGAUGCCUUUCUGAGUGAGGUCAUUCUACAUCUACUGUCUGACAGCACUACCACCACCACAGGGUAGCCUGUGUAUAUAUGUGUGUGUGUGUGUGUGUGUGUGUGUGAGUGAUCUUCUCCUGAAGUGCAGUCAAACCUAUAUGCAAAUGGAGCCCACAGCAUCUAUCUAUCCCAGCUCUGUAUAAGUUAGUGCUUAACACUGAGACCGAUCUCUCUUUCUGUAAGGUCACUGGAAUACUGCUUUGUUCCAAAAUGGUAACUAAUAACCACCCACAAAAUCCCUUUAAAUAAUGUCCCGCAAAUAGGUACUCGUCAGCACAGAAAGUUGACUGACAGCUAAAAGCACUGUUUAUUAUUUAUUUUAUUUUUUCCCCUUCUUUUUAGUCUUUUGUUGAGUCCCUUUAUUUUCUCUUCAUAUCAUUCAGUAUUUAUCUGAUGACGUGCUGGCCUCGUAGAGAAAUGCACAGCCUUCCUAAAAGGAGAAUGAUCCAACGGGUUAUAGUGAAGGACUUUAUGAAUGAAGUCCUACCCAAAAGUGCAAUGCUUAAAUAUAAAGAUUCUGACUUUAACAAAAAAAUAUAUAUAAUAUGUACCUUCUGUGGUAACCUAAUAUUUAAACUUUUGGCCUCGUUUAUUUUUUUGUGGGGCAUUUUCAUAGAGGAGAAUUUCAUAGGGCUGCUAAAGUUUGAAAGAUGAAUAUGUAAGCAUGUCUCCUUACAAAGGAGGACAAUGCUCAGGUUGGCAUUUCAGCAUACAUUUGCUCUCAAUGCUGAAGUUUUGUCUAGAACACAAUUUUGUGUUUACUAAGUGAGAAUUUGGUUUAAAGCAUAUACAUUAUGACCAAAGGUGAAUAUCACUGCUAUGACUGACAAAAUAUUUAUUUGAGAAAUAUUUACAGAGAAAGAUCGAUGUUGAGAUGCCUCUUAAGUCAUUUUGCAGCUGCUGAACGGCUAGACAGGGAAAGUAGUAGCAAUGAAUCCUUGGUUAUUUAUUUGAAGUCUUUAGGAGUGGACUCGCCCCAUUGACCUUCAGCAAAGCCUCUUGUUUUCUGAGCACAUUACCUUGAAUUCUAAGAUUACUGCUCAGUGAUAAUCUUACAAGCCAUUUCAAUUGAUUUCCCAUUUUUCUUUUCUUUAAUCAUUCCCAAAACAUUUUGGUACAUUGAUUUCGAAUUACCUUCGGAGAGGAAUCCUAUUUGUAUUAUUUCCCAAAAUGUUGUCUUUGGUCAAUCUGAAAUGUUACUUCAGCCGUUUUGGAGCUGGAGAAAUACCACUGUUACUCUAUCAAAAAGCUUGUAUCUUGUCUAGUACGAUGGUCAGUUCUGGUGUGAGAUUGAAACGCUGGACUGACAAGUGUUCUUCCCUUCUUUUUGUGUGUGUUCUUUUUUUGUUCUUGUAUAAUUUAAGCAAUAUUUAAUUUCUGGCAUUUUGAACGUUAUCAAAAAGACAAUCAUAGUCUCAAGGGCUUUUGUUUCCUUGGAAAUCUUGUUUGAUGUUCACCUUAUUUGUUUGAGUACCGAUACUAGCAACAUGGAAAUGAUCUAUUCUAGACUAAUGGCUAAAGUCUGUGUCCAAGGCAUUUUUCGCUCUGUGCCUAGAACCAAAAAAAAAUGCAAUUGAUUGCCUCCAUGGCAGUACGGAUGCAGGAUAGCAUGAUAUGAUGUCUCUGGACAGAAUUCAUGACUGACUAGAGAGACUUGAAAGCCUAGUAGGUAUGUAGGGUUACUUACUGUAGCAAGGAACUGAGAGGAAACUGUUAAACUCUCAUAUGGCCGGUAGUAAUACUUGUGUUUUUAGUAAAGCCGAUAAGUGUGAAAUUGCUUUUUUGGUAUGUAUCCUGUCUUGUGGCUCUACAUACGUUGUAGAUUUGUGGUGUCGGACCACUGGAGCUCUUUGCCUGACUUAAUUUUUAAAAAAAAUCACCAUCUUUUCCAUGACAUCAUCAGAGGAUCAAUAGAUUUCAGUGACUCAUUUUUCAUUUAAUUGCUUUGCCACAACCUCCUAGCUUGAAUAAUGCUAAAUGACAUGCAUUAGUUCUGGAUGAGAAACAUGAGGACCUACUAUGAUACCAGAGUAGCAUAUCAUCUUGUGCCCUAAAGUCAGUGUUGUCCGGGGGAGAGAAUAGUCUCGGACUGUGUGGAACCAGGAACCAAAUGAUAUGGAUUGAUUGACGAACAACAGGAAAAUCAUAUUGGCAUUAUUUUAGUUGAAUGCACACUACAAUGCAGUUCCAUUUUAGCCCUGAUCCAAGGCACUUGAGAUAGUUAAGCACUUUAACACAUUCAGCAUAUCUGUGUGCAGUCUGAAUACAUGCAUAUGUAUAUUUACAUAUGGGUUGUAGCUAAAGUGCAAAAGACAGGAGCAGAUUGCAAGGAUUGUAUACGCUGCUUCAUUGACGGAGAUUUAACUUCAAAACUCUAAAGCUAAAAAGAUCUCAUGGUCCAAAAUCCAGUCGUCACGGUGCGGUUUGAUUUGAUGCCAUCCCAGGGUCCACGAACUAGUCCUUGUGGUUAGUCCAGUGAUUUUAGGUAGGCUUGCUUUCGCCGUGCUUGUAUCCUCCUCAGGCUCCUCGCCUAACUCCACACUGAGGGAUGCGUGUUGUACAAUAGACGCACUGAUUACCUCAAUCAUCCAACCGCGGGUGUGUCUGGCUAGCAGGUCAGGUUCACGUUCCCCAGUUCAGACACUGCAUGCAUCCGCCGACGGUUGCGUGCCACGUCAUCGACUGCGUGCCGUCAGGCACCUAAUUGCUAUAACAUAGUGAUGUGGUUGCCUGAUAGGUAUUUUACAUAUCUGGCAUGUGCCAGCGACGUCUGAGCAGAGGAACACGAGCCAGAUAUAUAUGUGUGUGUGUAUAUAUGUAUAUAGAUUUUAUUUUUCAAUCCCCUUGUCCAGCUGAUGGCGCCAGUUCUUCAGUAUAUAUCCCAUCUGGGACUACCCCAUAUCUGUGUUGCAUUGAUAGACUGAGAACUCAUUGUAAAGGAGCUUGAGAUCAUAAUUCUCACUUUAAAGAAACAAGUCAAAUAUAUUUCCCUAGGGUUUAAUAUUAGGAAGCAAUGUAAAGGAUUAUUUGUAGCAUUAAUGACUGUGAAAGACGUGCGCAGCACAUCUAUUGAUCUUCGAUUGUGUUUAGGCCAAUCCAACAAAGCAUUUCAUAGAUGCCAAUUGAAGAUUUGCGGAGUAGUCGUCACAUGAGAAUCUUAGGUCACAGUUAGGGCCUUAUUUGCCAAAGUACAUUGGAUAAUAAAAAAUAUAUAUUUGAAAAAUAAUAAUAUGCAUGCAUUCGAGCAAUGUACAUACUGAAUAUAAAUCUGAGCUAUGAAUUGACUGACGUGACUCUAAGGUCAAAUUGGAACAAGACUAUUUGCCAUCUCCUGACUUUUGAACUAUUACACUGCAUUUCUCUGGCAUUCAUGAAAUGAUAAAGUAGCAGAAAGAAAUACUUGUCAUAUUAGUCUUCUUGUUAUGGGUCUUUCUUAAAUGUGUUUCAGCUAUACCGAGGCCCCUAUGUGUAUGUCAUAACCACAUAUUGACACUGGAGACAGGAGGUUGGAGGGGGUGAACAUUCAUCUCGAACACCAUUUAAGAUUGAUCUUCUGAACAGGACAUUUAACUACACUGUAGAUGCUUUCAUUUUUUGUAACAUUAUUUGGUAGCCAGUUUUUGAAAAGGAAAAUGCACCUAGCUAGCUACAUCCAUUUAGUGCCAUAGAAACCUUUAUUUGCCUUUAAGCAUAAUAGUCAUACUGUACUUGGUCAGUAGAAAAUGUGUUUGUUUGGACUCAUUUACUGUGGUAGCCAUGGUUAGAAUGAACAUUAUCAUUAUAAUAUUUUUUUGUUUUUUGUUGAAUGAUUAUUAAGUUCUGAUUUGAAGCAUUGCUGGCACAGAUACAGGUCAUGAUGUCAGUGGUGACUAAUGGUUUGAACCACUUAGUACUGAUUGUAGGAAGUGGAAAGCAAUCAUAUAAUAGAGUUGGUGGUAGUCUGGAGAAAAGAAUGGAUGGAAGAUUUUAAAUAUUUAUAAUUGGACAGAUUAUUUGUGUUGGCAAAAAUGGAUAAUAAUAAUGAAUGGUAAUUUCUUUACCUGUGGUUUGUAAUUAUUAUAGGACAGUUUUUGAUGUUUGCAGAUGUAUGGUUAACAGGGAAUAGAUUUACCUCGUCCUCGAUGGAUGCCCCUAUUCUUACUUGAAGUAUCUUUCAUCGAAUACAAAUGUAAAACUUUAAUUCACAGCAGAGCCUUUUAAAGGCAAAGGAACAAGUUUCUUGCAGUACCUACUAAGUUAUAACACCUAACAUCUUGUUAGUUAUGUUUCCCAGUGGGACUGCUAAAAUCUCUGCUGGUUUUGCUAUUAUGGGAUAUGUCCCGAAUGGCACCCUAUGCCCUACAUAGUGCACUACUUUUGACCAAAGCCCUAUGGGGGGGGCUCUGGUCAAAAGUAGUGCACUCUAAAGGGAAUGGGGUGUCAUUUCGGUCGCACACAGAGAUCCUUUUGGUGUAGAAGCACAUGCAUCCAUGUUGGUGGCACACUGCUCAAGGUUGCCUUGUGAUUGUUUGGGGGAUUUUGCCAUAUUUGUAAGUGAAAAAUUGGGAUUUCACUUAUUACCGGUCUUGGCAGCUCGACUGUCACCUCCAAAACCAAAUAACGCUGUUAAUUAAGUACCUCCAUACCGGUUGGAGAGGAGAAAAGGAAGAACCGACAUCUACCUUGUUGUCAGUGUGAUUUCUAAGGACCAAAUUUAGAGUUCUAGUAUGUGAAGGGCAGAAGAAUCUGUAAUUCAAUGGAGGUCAUGAGGAAAAGUAGUGUGAAAACACAUUCUAUAGUGGGGGGACUGCUAUGCCGUAAUUAUUUACCCCCUCAAGUUAAUGUGGGAGGUUUUGUAGAGUAUCACUCAUGCUAGCUUUCCCCCUGCUUGUGGUCUCAUCACGAUUCUUCCAUCAUUUGGACCUGUGUGAUAACCAGCUCAGAGGUGGUUGGUGCCUUUUUUUUAAUGUGUUUUUAAAUUAAUGCUCUCUCUACCGCAUGGUCUUCCAUUUCUACCUCCCGGAAGCCUUAUGAAUGACAGGUAAAAGCAUAGAAGAGCGCAUCUCUCUGAAAAUAACAUUCUCAACCUACAGUAUGUGAUGUGAGCUAUAAUAAGCAACUCGUGUUCUACGUUCUUGGCCGAUUCUGUGUGCAUGCUAUGGGUCUCCGAACUUGAGUCAUAUGGAGUGAACUAUCUGAACAAUAUCCUACCUGAUGUUGAAUGCACCAAUAUUGAAGUAACUUUUUGAAAGCACAAAUCCAAAGAUGGAACCAUUUUUAUUCUUUAAUGUCAUCUCAAGGAUGGCUCUCAAUGCUGUGGCGGUUAGAGCCAAGAAAGGUGGUCAUGGAGACGAGGAAAGCAUGAGAUUGGAUGGUCGGUACCAGUACUGUAAAUGUAGUUUCUCCUGAAGUCUGAGCAUAUCAAUUCAGAUUGUUUCAGUUGUAUGUAUUUAAUUAAACUCGCUAGCUGUAGAGAAUAGAUCAAGUUGUGAAAAUCCUAUUGGGGUACAGUAGUAAUGAUAAUGUGUUGGUUGUAACUGUUUGGAGUGUUUUUGUAUUAGACUGAUUGAAAGUAGGGGUUUCUUAGUAGCGUUGAUAGUGUGACUGUGCUGUAAUAUAACAUGCGUUGUCAGAUAUUAGCACGAGGGCGAGGUAGAUCGUCCUCUUUAAGCUUGCCUCUUUUUUCUUUUUUAUUGUUGAAAAAGACGAGUGCAAUAAACCUUAUUUAUCAUUUCCUUCCUCAAGUAAAAGAACAUGUCCUGCGUUUUCAAGGCCCAAAACAAAAUGGACUUUCUGUGGCUGGCAGUAGGAUUGGAACCUUUCCCUCGCUGCUAUGCGUCCAGAGAAGUGGCACUUGUUAGAGUCUAGAAUAUGGAAUUGCAUUCUUAGGACUGUGUGAUUUUGAUAUUCAAGUAUCAAAGCUGCUUGCUCGUAAGGGAGACCAUGUACAAGAUGAUUUGACCUGUUGAUCAACCCUGUGUGUUUUUUGUUCUUGCAGUUGGAUGGCGUUUUAUGGAGGGAAACUCCUUGAGUCUGAAAUGUUUUGCUUGCGUGUGUAGGUGUGUACGUAUGCGUCGUACUCCGUAUCAAAUUAAAUGUUUUUUGGGGGGGGAAGUAAAUUUAAGUGGUUUAAAGAAAUGCUGAAAUACCUUGUUUUCAGAAGAAACAUUAAGAGAGACUCCCCCCUAAUUCAUCUCACCCUCACUAAAAGGGGGUGUGCGUCUUUCACAAUCUUACUACUUGCUCAGUUUGUGUGAUGAACUUGUACAGUGAAGAUCAGAACAGCUUGAGAAAUUUGAGACAAUUUCCUGAACUGCACAAGUAUAAUGUUGAGGUGGUGAAUGGCAGGUCUCCCUUAAUGUAAGUAGGCAGGCCUGUCUAAAUGGGACAUAUCGACGACAAUGGAAAUGAAAAGGUAGCGAAUAAAGUGUACCAGUAUCGUAAGAUCAGCUCAGUGCCUAGGGUAGGACGUGUAUACCUACUGUAUACACCUUUUUGACAUGUUGGAGACCCUUUGACACACCCUUUUGACAUGUACUAUGCUGGGAGCCCGUACGAUAUUGCUUGUUCCCCUUGAAAUUCCCCUUUUAAAUCAGCAAAUAUUCUAAAACCACUUUAGCAAUUACAGCAGAGUAAUUUGCUGUACAAGCAGGUUAUACUUCACCCACGAUGAAGUCUGUGGCCAGAUUACCUCUGGAGUAUAUCUCCAUAAUGGGGAUUCUCCGAGAGCACAGUGAUUUGGGACACUAUCAGUUGGAGGUACUCUAUGGCCUAUGUGCUCCCUGAGCAAUACAUGGGGAAAGGAUGUAGUCAUUGGGUAUAUCCUGUGAUAUUUGUUGGUCCUUCUGCUGUUUCUUUAUUUGUUCUGCAGCACCCUAACUGAAUGUGAACUGAUAAAGACCGACCUAAGGGUUAGUUGCCUGUUUUUACUCAGUGGCUUAUCUGUUGUAAAUACUAUGGAGUGGACCCCAUGCCAGGAGAGGGGGAGGAGUCUAAAUUAGGGCACAUGAUUAGUUUUAAUCGAAUGGUUUCUCAAUGCACCUUUUUAAAAAGAGAUUUGGUUUGUCCGCCAAACUUUCCAAUAGUUUCUGCAAGCUUUAAAACGUGUUACCCAACAGCAAACUUCUCUGCUGGUGAAUGGUAGUAUCUUUGACUGACCUACAGGUUUCUGUAUUCUUUUUCCCCCAGCGGAAGGAACCAUUCCCUAUUUUAACUCUUAAUUACCUCAUUUACAAACCUUCAAAUACUAUUCUACUGUAAGAAGAAAAUGCCAUCACCAGCAUGUGCUCUAGACCUGUGAUGGCAAUGUUACCAGGACCAAUGAUGUAGCUCCAUUUCCAAAUUAAUUAAUUCAAACAUAGCCAGUCAAGGAAUAUAAACACGCCUCUCACUUACUACAAAUUCUAUAAGGUUGGUACAUAUAAUGGUAUUCAUGGAAAUAAACUUGUUUUUGCAUUUCUUGCGGUUUUCAGUAGAAGCAUUUUUCCUACCUCUACAUUGCAGCUUUGAGUUCAUCUCCACCUGUUUUGACAAACAAAUACACAGUAGCCUAUGAGAACCUUAGAAUUUUACCAUGAACAAUUAUAAUUCAUCAUGAAGUGUGCUUGAUUGUAUGUAUAAUUGUGUGUUCAACAUGAAAUUAUUUAUGAAAAACAUAUUAGAAAAUAGCACUGGGAUGUGAAGCCAGACUGUGUUAUGACUCAUGUCUUCUACCCACGCUAGACAUACAUUUUGACUGAUGUGCUCCUUGCAUAGCAAAACCCCUUGUUUUUGGGAUGAAUUACAUGAAUGAAUACAUUGGCAUUUUCUGUUUGUCUUUGUCUUGAAUCGAUGUACAAAUGUUUUCAUGUGCUCUACAUCUGUUAGAGUUUACAGCUUCCUGGAAUGUGAAUGUUUUGUUGGGUUAGUUAUUGCAUACAUACGUACAGCUGGUUUGGUACUAUCAUAAUAUAUAUUUUUCACAGGUUGUCAUGGGGGAGUCAGGUUAUAUGCACAUUGUUAUAUUCUGUACGUGGGUGAGUUGUUCCCCUCAAGCCGUAUGCCUUCAAAAACACUAAUUCACUCCAAACUGUUGGUAGGUGUUUGCCUCCCCACCAUAAUCUCUGUAUAGCUGCUUUAAUUCCAUGUGAACAGGGGACCAGGGAGAGGUCCGGUAUCUGACCAGACAGACCCUUGCCCUGCCCCCACAUUCCCAUUCACCCCACUAUCCCUCCAAAAACCUCAAGCCAUUUCUUUAUUUGACAAUGCAAUCGAUCCUGAAAGCACUUUGCCUUGUUAUUCCAUUGUGUGGACAAUAUGUAAAUGGUAAUUUGUUAUAGAAAUGUAAGAGAAUUCACAAUUUUGGAAGAAUCUGUCUGACGCUAAAAUGAUUUUAAAGGAUUUAUUAAACAUUUGAACCUAAAUCUAUUUUAUACAAUGUUUGCUGCAGCGAGUUGGUCUUGUCAUUCAGUAUUGUGGCUUAGGGUUGGUUGUGUGUUUUAAAUAAAGUGCUAUUGCUGAAUAUUCAA